ACUGUUUUGGAAAUAAACAAUAAAAACUUUUAUACUCAAGUUUUAGAAGGCAAUGAAAAACAUGAACAUUAUCCUAGCUAUAGGUGUCAAGUUGGACUAAAAUUUAGUGAUAUUGAAGAGGCAUCUAGUCCCGCAAUUACAUCUUUAUACAGACAUGUCUGUCAAAAUAAUAAUACAAAUUUUUCUGGCCCACAAGUUUUAGAUUGGGAUGAUCCUUAUAUGUUAGAACAAUCACUAACUGAUAUUGAAUUUCGUCUAUUUUUAAUAAAAAUUGACAAAUAUAAUAUAUAUAUAACUGCUUUGGAAUGUCCUAGUACCGGUAAUGCUGAUGAAGUUGAGGCUGGAGUUGGAUACACAGCAAUGUUUACUGGUGAAAAUUCAGGAAAAUAUGCAAUAUAUAUUCAACGAAUUGAUCUAGAUGGAUGUUAUAUAAAAAUUUAUCAAGAUGGUGUUUCUAAAUAUCAUUAUACUGAACAUCCAUUAACACAUCAAGCUCUGUUAGCACAACAGAUUCCUAAAUGUGAUGAAACUUAUUGGCAUAACAAAAAUAUUAUAAAUCAUCUUUAUAAUCAUUUCUUUCAUCGCCACACUAUAUCUAAUAUUCAAUGGCAUAAAUUUUUUAUUGAUUGGAAAAAUAGUUCAAGUACAAUAAUUGAAUUUCAUAAUUCUAUAGUAUUACUUUAUCCUCAGCAAUAUAUUUUUAAAGACCGUGAACUUCGAGCAUGGAGAGCACUACUUAAAGCAGCCGAGUUUACCUAUGCUGAGUUGGAAAAAAAACUUGGUAUUUCUUCAAAGACCGUAUCUAGUGCCCGAUUAUAUGCUACCACUAAUGGUCCUGGUUGCCCUGCACUAUGCAAGCCAACAAUUACUAGAGUACACUUAUCAGAAGAAUUGCUGAAUCAACUUAUGACAUUUUUAUUUGACAAAAAUAUUGCAACACCAAGUUUCUAUAAAGUUGAUGCAGCAACUGGCUUGCCCCACCAAUUUUUUGAAUUGCAUCCAAAUGGAAUGAAGCGGACAGCUUUUAUGACCCGCUUAGAAAACAGCAAAUUCGUUUAUCGUGAUGAUCUUGGUGGACUAUGCUUGAUCUGUAAUGAAUAUGGAUUUGGUGUUUUUAAAGAUAUGAUUACACUAGUUCGUGAAAAAAUUGAGCAAAAAAAUACUCAGCUCAACUAG